GCCAGUCGGUGCGGCUGCGGUGAGAAUGAACUGUGUGAGGCAGCAGGACCGACAUGUGUUGCUCUAGCGAAAAUGGGUGAAAAUGUUGAUUUUUGACGGAUGACUUUUUUUUGGCAUCGACGGAUUGAGAUGGAUCGGGACACCAGCGACGGUAACUGAUUGAUGAGAGUUGAUUAAAAAAACAGAAGCGAUGAUAAACUCAGGCAUACAAAAGCCACCGUUGGCCCCAAAACCAAAGCUGGCUCAGACCCAGAGGCCAAGCCCGUCUCCCUCAACCCCCAGAAGAGACUGCCUCGCACUCCCAUCUCCCGGCACUCCGAGGAGGGUCAAACCAGUUCUGGCCCCCAAACCCUGCCUCUCCAAACUCACCGCUGCCUCUGCAUCCAAACCACUCGCUUCAAAGAGCCCGCUCCAAACAUCUGUAACAGAAAGCCCACGCAUCGACGGUCUUCUUAACUCCCAAAAUGGAAUACAGCAAGAGAACAAAAAGCCGGAUUGGGAUUAUAUUAUUCCUAUUUGUUUGUGUAGCCAGGAACACUGCAUGUGCAUCAGGAACACAUCAGCAACCAGAAGGCUUCCUGCUACAUCAUCUCGAGGAACUGUGGACAACAGCGUAGAGAAAACAGACAAUGCUAAAUGCAACGGGGUGAACACAACCACUAAGACUCGCCUCACAAACCAUAAACCUCAUCAAGAAUCAUGUACUUUAGAUAAACCUCUCAACGCUGACAUCAACAGCUGCAGUCCUGAGGUGACUGUAAGGCCGUCCCUUCCUCACAGAACAUGGAGCGAUGAGGCAAACGGUAACGUAAUACCUCAGAGUCCACCUGGGCGUGGACCAGAGGAAGAUGCUCUUGGCUCAGAGCAGAUACCUUGUGUCCCCCAGCCCAAACCAGUCCCAGCAGCCUCUAGGAAGCCCAGCCCUCUCCCUGUGCCACGGAAACCCAGGAUGGCUGGGCUGGCCCGUCAGGAAAAGGUGAAGGAGGAGGGUGGAGAGAUUGUAAGCCAGGAAGGGAGGGAAACGAACGUCAAAGAGGUGACGGUGUCAUCGGAGGGGAAAGGCGGCUCAUCACUGUCUGUCAGUGUACCUGUCGGGAAAAAGCUGCCUAUGUUUCUGUCCGCCAGGAAAGCCUGCCCUCAGCCAGCUCCUCCGCCCAGGAAAAAGCCUUUACUGUCUGCACCUGAGAAAGCAGAAACCCCUGCUCCACCGACUCCACCGACUCCCCCAACGGAUGUGGAGGAAGAAGACCUGGGUUGGGACACCAGCAUCCAGGAGAUGGAGGUAUCGGUUGACAAGGAGGAUGAAGAGGUGGAGAAGGAAGGAACGCAUGAUGAGGAGGCAGUCUACAAUGACUUCACACAUAGUCCUCCUUCUAGCAGUCCGCUCAAUCAGCCGGAGCUGAACCAGCCUCCUGCCGUCAGUGUGGCAACGGAGGACCAGGUGGUCAAGGUGCCUCCUAACAAGCCCCAGAGAAACAGCAGCCCGAUGGCACAGAUGCAGAGGAAGGAAUCUUCUGAGGAGAAAGAAGAGUGUAAACUAGGAGAGGAUGAGAAAAGACAGGGACCCCCUUUACAGGAUCAUGUUUUGAAGGACAGAGUGAUGAAGGAGCUUCCUUUGCCUCCGGUCGAGAAGACGAGCAGAAAGAUCUUAACAGCUGGAAUCAUGAAGCCCUCUCGGUCCAGCCUGGGCAAGCAGAGAGCCAAGUCGUUCUCUAGCGCCGACCUACUUCGCUCCGACGGACAGAAGAGGAACUCUUUCCGGAGACUGCUGGACUUGAAGCUCACUGUGAAGAUGCUUCCGAAGCUGAAAGCGAAAGGAGGCCAGAGCUCAGACUGCACGGCGAAUGGCAAUGAACAAAAUGUGGACAGGGACCAAGACGGGCGUCAAAACCUCCACGGGGACGCCGGGGCUCAACGUAAAUUCUCCCUCCCGCUGAUUGGAGUAGAACAAAGCGUGGACGGAGAUGAUCUUUCCCCUGGACCAGAACAAGAAGUUUACUAUGAGAACGUGCCUCACUAUGAAGAGAUAUCAGACUACAUGAACGUGCAUGUAGAAAGGGCGGUUACAUCUCCUCGGACCUCCGUCUCAAAGCUUGCAGACUGGCAGUAUAAUGAUGAAGGCAUUUAUGAGGAGCAGGAGCCGUAUAUGUCCUUUGAGAAACACACUGGACAGCAACAGUGUCAGACGCCUACAGACUGUGACAGAAGCUCUGUGGAUGAGGAGGUGACGCCCCUGAAUGAGUUCCUCUCGGAUGAGGACAUCUUGGCCAACACCUCAGAGGACGAGGACGAUAACAGCUCCAUCUCGAGUAAAGGAGACCCCGAGCAGCCAGAGGAGAGUCCGACGCAGAGUUCACAGAAGAAGAGCAAGAUUCACCACAUCGCCACAGAAAUCAUGAGCUCUGAGAGUGUGUUUGUUGAUGUCCUGAAGCUGCUACAUGUUGACUUCCGUGACGCCGCAUCCACAGCGUCUCGUCAGAGUGGGAAGCCCGUGAUCGAGGAGCGUCUUCUCAACCAGAUUCUGUACUACCUCCCACAGCUCUACGAACUCAACCAAGACCUGCUCAGAGAGCUGAAGCAGAGAGUAGCCAAAUGGGAUGAGAAUGCUCAGCUUGCAGACAUCUUCCUGAAGAAAGGGCCUUAUCUGAAGAUGUACUCCACAUACAUCCGCGAGUUUGACAAGAAUGUGGCUCUACUGGUAGAGCAGAGUAAGAAGAACCCGGCAUUCGGCGCAGUGGUUCGGGAAUUUGAGGCCAGUCCACGCUGUGCUAACUUGGCUCUGAAGCAUUACCUACUGAAGCCUGUUCAGAGGAUUCCUCAGUAUCGGCUGUUGCUCACAGACUAUCUAAAAAACCUGUCUGAAGACUCACUUGAUUACAAAGACACACAAGCUGCUCUUGAAAUAGUGAAGGAGGUGGCCAAUCAUGCCAACGACAUCAUGAAACAAGGGGAUAACUUCCAGAAGCUGAUGCAGGUGCAGUGCAGACUGAACGGCCACCAUGAGAUAGUCCAACCUGGACGGAUCUUCCUGAAAGAGGGCAGCCUGAAUAAGCUGUCAAGGAAGGGCAUGCAGCCCAGAAUGUUCUUCCUGUUUAACGACACACUGCUGUACACCACUCCUGUCCAGUCAGGCCAGUACAAGGUCAACAACAUGUUGUCUCUGGCUGGGAUGAAGGUUAGCAAACCAAGCCAGGAGGCCUAUCAGAAUGAGCUGAACAUCGAGAGCGUGGAGCGCUCCUUCAUUCUCUCAGCGAGCUCAGCUACAGAGCGAGAUGAAUGGCUUGAGGCCAUCUCCACGGCGAUCAGUGACUACACCAAGAAGAAGAUCAGCUUUAUAUCUGGCAAACCUCCAGAAGAGGUGGAGCUGAGAGAUGAUGGUGUUCCUUUGGGAUCCAAAGCCCCUAUAUGGAUCCCUGACCCACGUACCACCAUGUGUAUGAUCUGCACCUGUGAGUUCACCCUCACAUGGAGGAGGCAUCACUGCCGUGCAUGUGGAAAGGUGGUGUGCCAGUCAUGUUCCUCCAACAAAUGCUGUCUUGAAUACCUAAAGAACCAGAUAGCACGAGUGUGUGACCAGUGUUUCCCUGUUCUGCAGCUGCAGAAAAGUGAACGAGCCCAAACAGCAGCCAUAUCCCCUGGAAACAGAGCUACCUUUGCUUUCAGCAGGAAGCAGAAGAAGAUACCCGCAGCACUCAAGGAGGUCACAGCAAGUACAGACAACUCCUCCAUGAGUGGGUACCUGCAGAGGUCAAAGAGCAGUAAGAAGCAGGGGAAGAGGUUGUGGUUCGUUAUCAAAGACAAGGUCCUGUAUACAUACGCUGCAAGUGAGGAUGUUGCAGCCUUAGAGAGUCAGCCUCUCUUAGGGUUUAUGUUGAAAGAUGAUUCAUCACAGAAGUUACAGUUUAAGCUUUACCACAAAAACACACUUUACUACAAUUUUAAAGCUGAUGAUCUCCAAACAGCACAGAGAUGGAUCGACUCAUUCAAAGAUGCCACGGUGCUUUAAUAUUGGUUUACAGUGUGUAGCUGUUCCAACAUACUGUUUUACCUCAGUUCUCUCUGAAUUCUGCAAAAAGCAUCUGAAGACACAAUAAUAGUUGCACUGAAAUAAAUUCCAAAUAUAUUGUUGUAUUGCUUUUAUCAGUGUAGUUACCUGUUAGAUAGUUGAAACAGCAGGUAUUAGCUGUGUUAGUUUUGAAUGUUACACAUUUUUUUCCAUUUACACUUAGUUUUGGCUGCAAUUUUAAAAUCAUAUGCCACAAUGAUCUGUACCUAUUUGACUUUUUUAGUUACAUUUUCUUUUUUUUUUGUAACCACCUUGCAUAGAUUUGUUAAUAAAAGAUUAUCGUCAAUAGAUUUAUAAUGGAUAAUGUCAUAACAUUUUGCUCGACAUUUACCAAGUAAUUUUUAGACAAAUCAUAUUUAAUGUUUGUUGUUGUGAGAGAAUUCCUUUAUUUCACACCAGUUUGUGUCUUGUUGUAGAGCAAACAAUGUUCAGGCAUCAUGCUUGUGUAAGAAACUUUCACCUGACAUUAUUAUUCUUUCUGUGACUCCGAGUCUAUUUUAAGAGUUUUCAGGGGAUUUCCACUGUUUGGACCAUUAACCGUACAAUUAUGGGUAUUGCACUUAAGUAACUCAACCGGUUGUAUAUAUUAUGUACCUACACAUGUGUCUUCUGUAAAUAAAGAAAAUUGUAAAUUAAAUGUCAUCUAAUC